AUGGCACAAGAAGGAAAGAGGGAUAUACCGUUCCAAGUUCCCAAUGAGAGUGAAGAUAAUCACUUGGAAUGUGAGAGGCCUCAACCAGGCAAACAAGAGGCAAGAAUCAAGAAUUCACCUGGUUCCUUACCGGUGUCUAUGCUCCUAACAAUAGAAAAGAAAGAGAAGAAGUCUGGUGGGAGGUUGGAUCAGCGAGUGGGCAAUGGGCCCUGGGUGGUUUAUGGAGACUUUAACACAGUCCGAUUUCCUUCGGAGAAGAAGAACUGCGGCAGAAUAUCAAAAACAAUGAAUGAUUUUUCUGAAUUCAUUAUGGACUUGAAUCUGUUGGAUCCUCAACUAGAAGGUGGUAAAUAUACUUGGAGGAAAGGGGACAAGCAUGAUGUUGCGGCUAGAUUAGACAGAUUCCUAGUGUCUAAUGAAUGGGAUGAAGGCUCCAAAAACAUUAAGCAAUCAGUUCUACCAAAAGUAGCAUCUGAUCGCACUCCGAUUAUGUCGCAAUGUGGAAACUGGGAGCCUGCGAAAUCUUAUUUCAAAUUCGAAAAUUGGUGUUUACACACAGAGGGUUUCUUGGAAAGGCAAGCUGGUCAGGGCAAUCUAGCCUUGCAAAAACAGAGUAUACUCGGUCAACUUGCUGAACUUGAGGAAACGCAGGACCAGAGAAUUCUCAAUGAGGAGGAGAUACACUCAAAUGUUGAACUUCUCCUAGAGUUUGAGAACAUUGCCAAGUAUGAGGAGAUAUCAUGGAGACAAAGGUCAAGGGUUAAUUGGUUGAAGCAAGGUGACAAUAACACUAAAUUCUUCCAUAGAACUGCCAAUGCACACAAAAGGUACAACUCUAUUGAUGAGUUAAAUGUGAAUGGGGAAGCAGUCAAGAGUCCAGAAGUUAUAAAGAAAGCGAUAGUGGAUUUCUAUCGGGAACUGUACACUAAAAUCGAGACCUGGAGACCUUUAGGCAAUUGCAGGGGAGGACACAUAAUUUCUGAAGAAGAUAAUAUUAUGCUUCAAAAGGAAUUUGAGGACCAAGAGAUAUGA